UAUGAUGGAGUGAUGUUUGUUGGUGGACCACUCCUGUGGAGGGGAACAGUCGUCUUCAGUCUGUCUGAAUGUGAGCUCCUGUUUUCAGGUGUCAGACACACCUGAGCUGACAGAUCAGGUCACUCUGGAAAAUGUUCUGACCGGCUCAGGUGUGUCCUCUGUUGGACACUUCCUGCUGAAACUUCACAUUAAAAGAGCCACGUGGACAAAGUCUCAUUGAAGUUCCACAAUGCAUUGCAGGACAAGUUUCCAUGACGACAAAGCCCACACAGUCCGAAGGUCACCUGCUCAGAAUGAAGCAACAGGUGAGUCAGAUCACAUGACACCUGAUAGGCUGGGGGUAAGUUACAGCCCAGCACAUGAUAUAGCGACAGGAGGAGGAGGAGAAGUCAGGACUGAACGGAGGAGCUAAAGGACGAGUCAGGAGGAGACACCAGGACGAGAGGAGGCGAUGGAGCAGAGUGUGAUCCGACUCAGCCACUGUCACAAGGAGAUCUUCUGUUUCUCGGUUCCAUCUGAAUGUCCCAACUGUGGCGAGGAGCUGAGGGGGAGCAGACUGCAGGAGGCGCCGGUGAGCCUCCCGUCCCCCUUCACCAACGGACACAAGAGCUCCUGCUGCCUCCUGGUCGCACCUGCACACGAUAACCAUGACAGAGACUUUGGUGGAACGUCAGAUCUUCACACCGGCAUCUCCAACACUAAAGGUGUGGUGUAUAAUUACACCCGGGGGGGGGUCCUCCGGGACCUGAGUGGAUGGGAGCGCUGUGUCAGCGUUCCCCUGGUCCGACCCGAUAUGUUUCACCUUCUGGCUCAGUGGGACCAGUACCUGGACCGCUUCUCCGAUGGACCCAUGUGGGACCCGGCCUGGCACAGGUUUGAUGAGGACAACCACAACUGCUUCAGCUUCUGCCUUCAGUUUGUGAACAGCGUCCUGGCGGCGGAAGGACGCGACGCUCUGAGCAGAGACGCCUUCACCAGCAGCUUCAUCCUGCGAGUGAGGAUGGUUCAAGUUCACCACUGUACCAGGCAUCAGAGACCAGUCUACCUGUGA